CAAAAUUCUAGUCCUUGAAAUAAUGAAGACUUUGCUCAAACUUUGCUUUGAGGUUCCUCAGGCUCCUUCUCUGAAAUGACAGUGGAAUAUUUUUGUUGUCCAUUUCGAGAACAAAUCAGAUGCUUUAAAUGGUGUUUUGUAAGUUUCAACUUCGUAGACUACCCCCUUUCCAUUGUUGUCAGCCCUGCCAACUAAAGGGACUGAUGCAGUCUUACAGGAGUUUCCCUAAAGCUAGCUAUACUGCUCUUUCCUCUGUGGCCAUUUAGUUCUUCUGCCUUCUCAACAAUCCUCCCUCUUGGUUACUUGCUAGGAUUCCAGCAGUCUACCAGUGUUAGGUGACCCGGAGGUCUCUCCUUAGAGAAAGGAAAACUAGUUCCCCUAGAGUAAUACUGUUAGGAGCCCGGAGCUCUGUUAGGAUUUGCUCUGGAGAAUUGCUUAGAGGCAAUUUGAAGUAGCUUCUCUCCAAGUAGCCUAAAGCUAUGGAUGCAUUAUGGACCACUUUUGGAAAGUAUUUGCUUUUCCCUCUGUCAGAAGGAAAUAAUGGAAAGCAAGCAUGCCUUUCAUCUGGAAAACACUGGCUUUCUUUCAUUGUUCAGAAUCAGCACAUAUGGGACCCCUCUUUUUCCUCCCCUCUUUUCUCUGGCCAUCAAAUGGGUAACUUUGUCUAACCAUAAAUGGCAGCAUUUCUGAGACCACAGAUUUAUUCUGGGAGCUGGAUCUGGGGAAUAUAGAAUGCUGAGAAAGCCGCAAAGUGCCCUUGGCGUAGAGAGGCAGGUGUGCAAGUAGGACUUUUAUUCUUCUGAUGUCUUUGUUUUUGCUGGAAAUCGAAGGAAAAGCAUCCUUCUCUGCAUUUUAUCAUCCCGCAACUGGAAUCCCAGUUUUGCCAAACUCCUCAAAGCACGGGAUUUGUGUCUCCUCAGCACCCCGUAGGAAAUCUGCCGCCCAAGGAAGUUAGGCAAUCAUUUACCCAGGUGAAUGGUCUACAUAGUCCCCGCCUCUAAACAGGUGUAGCUGUUUAAGUAUCGGUCUGCAUUUCCCUCUGCAGUUGCUAUGAAACUUGUAGGAAGAUACCAAUAUUUAAAGUUCCUCGGGGGAGGACGGCUGUGGGGAGAAGAACGCAGGGAGUCAAGAGCUUCAAAAUUGACAGUCUCUUCUCUCCAUCUACCCUCCUGGGGGCUUGCUUUAGAAUUAGCCCCAAACCGCUGGCUCUAACGUGCAAUACAAGGUAGAGCAUGUUUUAGAGGAGUGAUAGCUUUUCCCCCAAACCUCCUUCCUCUCCCCCCUCCUGAUCUCCACCCUUCCAGGCAGCCUGAGAUUCUCUUAGCUAGAAAGAUGCCAUGCCUGAUAAUAUAUAGCCCUUUGCACAGAUACAUCACCCGGGAUGUUGGCAAAGCAUGGGCACUGCCCAGGAGAGUUUGCAGGCUGCUGUGAGUGUGCUCAGGUCAUUGCACAGAUGGCACCUCCACGGAGGUGCCUGGGAGGCAUCCUGGUGCCAAAGGCUUAGGACAAUGAUCUGACUUUAGCAAUGUCAUUGAAAGAAUUGGGAAAUGAAGAAGAAGAAGAGUUUUUUGAGUAUGACUGUGACAAAGAACCGAGGAAGCCUGUCCUUCAUAAGCAUGAAAGCCUGGAACUUUUGGAAGAGGUUUUAUGUGCUGAGAGAGUGGGCCAGAUGACUAAAACAUACAAUGACAUAGAUGCUGUGACACGUCUUCUUGAGGAGAAAGAGCGGGAUUUAGAAUUAGCUGCUCGGAUCGGCCAGUCGUUGUUGAAGAAGAAUAAAACUCUGACGGAGAGGAAUGAACUGCUUGAAGAACAAGUAGAUCAUAUCAGGGAAGAGGUAUCUCAAUUGCGACAUGAAUUGUCUAUGAAGGAUGAACUGCUUCAGUUCUAUACCAGUGCUGCUGAAGAAAGUGAGCCUGAGUCUGUCUGCUCAACCCCGUUGAAAAGGAAUGAGUCUUCAUCCUCAGUGCAGAAUUAUUUUCAUCUGGAUUCUCUUCAAAAGAAAUUAAAAGACCUUGAAGAAGAGAAUGUUGUGCUUCGAUCAGAGGCUUGCCAACUGAAGACUGAAACCAUCACAUACGAGGAAAAGGAACAACAGCUUGUUAAUGACUGUGUCAAAGAGCUGAGAGAUGCCAAUGUCCAGAUUGCCAGUAUCUCAGAAGAGUUGGCCAAGAAAACAGAGGACGCUUCCCGGCAACAAGAAGAAAUCACCCAUCUUCUUUCUCAAAUAGUUGAUCUGCAGAAGAAAGCCAAGGCUUGUGCUGUUGAAAAUGAGGAACUCGUCCAACACUUGGGGGCUGCUAAAGAUGCCCAGAGACAACUUACAGCGGAGUUGCGGGAGCUGGAGGACAAGUAUGCAGAGUGCAUGGAAAUGCUUCAUGAGGCGCAGGAAGAACUGAAAAAUCUCCGCAAUAAAUCCAUGCCAAACACCAUCUCCCGACGUUACCACUCCCUAGGUCUCUUUCCCAUGGACUCCUUGGCUGCUGAGAUAGAGGGAUCGAUGCGAAAGGAGCUACAGAUGGAAGAACCUGAAUCUCCUGACAUUACCCAUCAGAAGCGUGUUUUUGAGGCUGUGAGGAACAUUAAUCAAGUAGUCAAGCAACGGUCCCUGACCCCAUCUCCCAUGAACAUCCCAGGCUCCAACCAGUCCUCAGCCAUGAACUCCAUCAUCUCCAGCUGUGUCAGCACACCAAGGUCCAGCCUCUAUGGGGGUGACAUCACCAAUAUCAUGAUUGACAAUAAGACCAACAGCAUCAUCCUGGAAACGGAGUCAUCAGACACAGGAAAUGAGGACAAGAAUAAGAAGCCUGGGACUCCAGGGACUCCUGGUUCCCACGACCUAGAGAUAGCCCUUCGGCGACUGUCACUUCGACGGGAGAAUUACCUUUCGGAAAGAAGGUUCUUUGAGGAAGAGCAGGAGAGGAAGCUAAGAGAAUUGGCAGAGAAGGGCGAGCUUCACAGUGGUUCCCUUACCCCGACUGAAAGCAUCAUGUCCCUUGGCACCCACUCAAGAUUCUCGGAGUUCACUGGAUUUUCGGGCAUGUCAUUCAGCAGCCGUUCAUACCUGCCGGAGAAACUCCAGAUUGUGAAACCCUUAGAAGGUUCUGCUACACUUCACCACUGGCAACAGUUGGCCCAGCCUCACCUUGGGGGCAUCCUGGACCCCCGGCCCGGUGUUGUCACCAAGGGCUUCCGGACCCUGGACGUUGACCUGGAUGAAGUGUACUGCCUUAACGAUUUUGAAGAAGAUGAGACAGGUGACAUUUCUUACAAGGGCCUUGCUACCUCCUUGCCAGUUCAGCACUCAGAGACCUCAGGUGAGAGGUCACAAGUACAAAUGACUCUUUCAGACCACAAGAAUUACCCGAGCCGGUCUCAGGCAUUCACAGAGGAGAUUCAGGAGCCAACGGCGGCCGAUGAUGAUGAUGAUGAGGGGUCUGCCCAUCAUCCUGGGAAGUGUAUGUCACAGACCAAUUCCACUUUCACCUUUACCACAUGCCGAAUCCUGCACCCCUCUGAUGAACUCACAAGAGUCACUCCAAGCCUUAACUCAGCACCGACUCCAGCUUGUGGCAAUUCUAGCAACUUGAAGUCCACGCCAGUGGGCACGCCAUGCACUCCCCGGCGACUGAGUCUGGCCGAGUCUUUCACCAACCUCCGGGAGUCUACAACCACGAUGAGCACAUCCCUUGGGCUGGUGUGGCUGCUGAAGGAAAGGGGCAUUUCAGCGGCUGUGUACAAUCCUCAGAGCUGGGACCGGGCCAGCAGGGGCACCCUCUUGAACCCAUAUUCCCCUAAAAUGACUGUCAUUCCCUCAACCCCUCCGAAUUCACCUAUGCAGACACCACUGUCUUCCCCACCAUCCUUUGACUUCAAAUGUACCAGUCCUCCAUAUGACAACUUUUUGGCCUCUAAGCCUGCCAGCUCCAUCCUGAAGGAGGUUAGGGAGAAAAAGAACAUUAGGAACAGUGAGAGCCAGACUGAGGUGUCUGUCUCCAACCUCAAUCUGGUGGACAAAGUCAAGCGGUUUGGCAUAGCCAAGGUAGUGAAUUCAGGGCAUCCUCAUGCCCCCGCUUUGACAGAAGACCAGGGACCUCUUCUCUGUGGGCCCCAGGGGCCAACGAGGGCCCUCGUACCUGAGGGUCUUCCCCUCGGCUGUCCUGUUGUCACGAGUGCCAUUGGUGGCCUUCAGCUGAACACUGGGAUUCGAAGGAAUCGCAGCUUCCCCACCAUGGUGGGGUCCAGCAUGCAGAUGAAAGCCCCUGUGACUCUUACUUCUGGCAUCCUCAUGGGUGCCAAGCUCCCAAAACAGACAAGCUUGCGAUAAGAGGAAUUCAUUUCCUUUUUUUUAAAGAAAACAAAACAAAACAAAAAACAAUAUUUUCCUUUAACCACCCAGUCCUCUGACCUUCUUUUUCAUUCUGUUUCCCCCCCUCUCUCUGUCUCUCUCAAUCUCUCCCGAGUAGACAAAUCAACCUCGUGCCUAAUGGGAGAAGAGUGUAAACUUUGUAUAAUAUGUAAAUAUGUAUCAGAGACCUUGUAUCUAAUUUGAUUACUCUUCAGAUAUCAUAAGAAAUGGCCCAACGCUGCAAUUACUGUAUUAUGGAUUUAACUUGCUGACUUUGAUAGGUCCUUCCCCCCCUUUCCUUUAAAGAUGCACUGAAAACAGAAAACAGUUAUUAUCCUGUGGAUAGGAGAAAUGAAUCCUUUGGCUUGCUGAAUGUGAUUGUAGGCAUAGUAUAGUAGGGAUGGAAGGCUUAUUGGGUGAUACCAAUCUUCUUUGUGUCUUCCUUCUGGGCAGAUUGACAUUUGAUCUCCUGGAUGAACUUAUCAUGAGCCUGGUCCUUUACUAUAUGCAAAACAAAGCAGCCAACUUCAUCUUCAUGUUGGGACAUCCUGAUUUCAUUUGCUUUUGCCAAUGGUCCAGUUUUUUUGGAGCCCAUGGCUCCUCUACCUGGAUGAAAGGCUGUAUCUUUGGAGGGAAAUAUUUACGAUCUUCCUUAUGUAGAAAACUUGAAAACCAUUUCUGUAAUCCACAGGCAGCCCAAAAGUUAGGAAAGAAUGAGAAUGUAUGGAUUUUUAAAACACUUUUUUCCUUUAAAUACAUUUUGCAAAAUGCAGGCAAGACAUGGUGCUGGCUUAGGGGAGCAUCAUGUUACCAUGUGCUCUUAAGGCACUGAAAUACACACGUCACAAGGUCAUUUUCAUCUUGCAUCAGGGAAAAUGGCAACUGGUUUCUGGGAACCACAGCCUCUAAGCAAAAACAGGCUAAUGAUCCGAGCCAAAGAUCCUUAAACCAGAGGGCCUAAACGGGGAAAAGUGGGGGUGUGCUGGAGAAAAUACGUAUAGAGAAAAAAGAAAAACCCAUAGCAAAACUUGGCGACAGCACAAUGGUAUAUAGGAGAGAGGCUUUUGAAUUUUGAUCUUUAGGUUUCACUUAUAGAAAAUCAGACUAUUUCAAAAAGCAGGGCUGGGGGAUUUUCAUAUGAUCUGUAGCCUUGCCUUUUCCACAGUAGCCACUUUUGAAAUCCAAACACUUGAGCAGCUCCAAGGGGCGACCACUUAAUGUCCAUGUAUUUUUCCUCUUCUUUUCAAAAGAGGGCAUUGUAUCAAUGUGAUUUUCUAGCCUUUGGGCUGUUUUUGUUUUGUUUUUCCAUUUUCUGUUUUACCUUUGUGUCUUAUGCCUGGGAAAAAAAGAUGGAGUCACUCUUGGAAAGAAUGAAAAAUGAACAAUAAGGUAGGUCCUGUUGAGUGUUGCAAAUGUGGAGUGAUUUGGGAGAGUCGUGAUCUUAUUUAUAAACAACCACAUACACAUGUACACAUACACAGGAGUAAAUAAUGAAGGUGAAAGUUAAACAUAUCUUCAAAAUACAUCAUUUCAGAAGCAUGAACCAAAAUUACUGCUAACCGUAAGUUGAGCAAUCUUAGUAUUACGUGUGCACUCAGCAACAAGAGUAUGUUGUACUAUGCUCUUUCUAGGUAAGUAAUGCGUACAAAAAUUACCUUUAUUAUCAACUCCCUAUUUGUGUGUGCGUUUCUGUACAUAAGUUUAUCUGGUUUUUAAAUAAAUCAUCUAAUCCUUUCCCUUUUCAUUAUACCAAUUGUAUUUCUCUAAGAUGUUUCCAUCCAAGAAGAUGGUUAUUUAUUACCUUCAGUUACCAUGGUCUAAGUCACAGCAUCAUUGCCAUUUCUUCCAAUCUCUUACUUGAAGGAUUAGUACUGAUGAUUUUUUGCAUAAAUGAUACUGUCAUCUUUGCUCCUCUGGUGAAAUGAGUUGUCUAUCCCUGAAGGAAGUCCACAGAGUGUUGUGGACACUCAGAAUGUUUUAAGAGAAAGCAUAUAAGCAAUUGCGGCUUAUGUUUUCAAACUCCUAUUUAUUCUCUAAACCUAAGACAUUUGAGUAAAAGUGUGUCCUCAGCUCAAUUUGCUCUUAUAUGUGUGCACUUACUGCAGAUAACUAUCUUUUUUUUUAAUUUGAAUGUAUCUUAAACCAGUAGCUAGAUAGGAUAACUACAGGAAAACCACAGAUUGAAUGGACCAUUUUAUGUACCCAGAUCAAAUAACCAUACAUUACCAUAAGGGAAUUAAAAAUGUAAUAACAAAUCAUCCACUUGGGAGGCAUAACAGAAUUUAGCCUACAGAGUAAAUUGUAGACAUUGUACAACCACUCUCAGAAGGUGUGUUGUAAAAUGCAUCAAAAGCUACAAUAAAAUUUUCUUAUCUAAGGAGCAUCAAUAAAACAAACUCGAACGAU